CCGAAAGGUCUGGUCGCAGAGACGGGAACGCGUAAUCCUCAGCGUGCUCCAUCCCGACAGCAUCGUUCCACGGCUCGGCAGGGCAGCGAGUCUCUGGCCAUCAGCCCCUCUGCUCCGCGGAAAAGCCUGAUGAAGUCCUCCGAUAUCGAUCAGGAUUUAUUUACAGACAGUUACUGCAAAGUGUGCAGUGCACAACUGAUAUCCGAAUCUCAGCGCGUGGCUCAUUAUGAGAGUCGAAAACAUGCAAGCAAAGUCCGACUGUAUUACAUGCUUCACCCCAGGGAUGGCGGGUGUCCUGCCAAGAGGCUCCGGUCAGAAAAUGGAAGUGAUGCUGAUAUGGUGGAUAAGAAUAAGUGCUGUACACUCUGUAACAUGUCCUUUACUUCGGCAGUGGUGGCUGACUCACAUUAUCAAGGCAAAAUCCAUGCCAAAAGGUUAAAACUGUUGCUAGGAGAGAAAACCCCAUUAAAGACAACAGCAACACCCCUGAACUCACUGAAGCCUCCGAGGGUGGACACUGCUCCAGUGGUCACAUCUCCUUAUCAAAGAAGAGAUUCAGACAGAUACUGUGGGCUCUGUGCAGCCUGGUUUAACAAUCCUCUGAUGGCCCAGCAACAUUAUGAUGGCAAGAAACACAAAAAGAACGCAGCAAGAGUUGCUCUAUUAGAACAGCUUGGGACAACUCUGGAUAUGGGGGAACUAAGAGGUCUGAGGCGCAAUUACAGAUGUACCAUCUGCAGUGUCUCUCUAAACUCCAUAGAACAGUAUCAUGCCCAUCUGAAAGGAUCUAAACACCAGACCAACCUGAAGAAUAAGUAGUGAAAACAUCAAUCAAGAGAUGAGAAAAAAAUGUCAGGAUUUCUCUGCCGUGGAGAAUUGCUUAUCAACUACCAGUGGAGGAUUCUCUCUUGAACAAUGAACAUUUCUUA